AUGAGUGGCCAGCGACUCAAUGGAGUGGGCCAGGAACUGCAUACUCCUGAGACAGACCACGUACCAGAGGUGCAAGUCCAAGUCAAAUGCAGGACAGCCUCAUUGAACAACCAAGGCUGUCAGCUGUGCCUGAGACAAUCUCAGCAGCAGCCAGAACCUGUGGUGGAGUUCCAGGUGGAACUGAGACAGGCAUUUUUAGCUGAGACACCAAGAAGUGGCUAA